AGUCCCUCUCGGAGCAUCAGGAGUUAAAGGCCUAAAUAGUGAGGAUUACUCUCUCUCUCCCCACUCUGUUUUGUUUUUUUUAUCCUAUUUUUCAGCAUCAGAUGUUCUGGCCUUCAUUUGAGCGUGUGUACUUUGGACCACCGCAGCCAUGAACACAGCCGGCGGCGUUCAUCGAGGCUACCUCAGGAAAUACGGGGGCUUCGUGUUCAAGCAGUGGAAGGACAAGUACGUGGUGCUCAGCAUGGAGGGAAGCCUGCUGGUGUGCCGCGAUGCCGAGUCGCCGCCCGACCAGGUGGUGGAGCUGCUGAGCCACUGCGAGUUGAUCGUGGAGGGCCGAGAGAUCCUGGACCUGCCCCGGCUGCCAGCGGGAGGCCGCAGGGACUGCUGCUUCGCCCUCGUCCUGCAGCAGAGCAAGUUCCUGCUGCUGCUCGCCGACAACCCCGACGACUGCACUCUGUGGCUGAAGUUGAUCAGAAAAGUACGAGAGGGCGUCAUGUCGCCUCCGAGCCUGCAGAGGCAGCGCAGCGUCUCCCGCUGCAUCACAGACAGGGACCCCCUGCCUGACUCCUCCAGCGACAAGGACCCCGGGUCACCCAGGGCCAGCGACAGCACCCCACCAUCCCGGGGCGGCUCGUUCAGAGACAGAGGUCACAGUCAAGCGGGCGGACCGCGGCGGCCACUGCGCAGCGUCUCCGUGGCGCCUCCUCACCGAGUGUCGGACUGUCUUCGCCAUGGCAACAGCAGCGACGCCCGGGCGGUGAGGGCGGUGUGCCUGCUAAUGGGCGGCGCGGCCGCCUCCUCCGCCCUGGGCUACCUCAGCUCCUGUUCGCCGCCGUCUCCGCUGGCCGGCAGAGCGCCCGACGUGGCCCACGGCUCGGGGAGCUUUGCUGAGAUGUCGGCGGGGGGGUCCUUUCACGCCUGCGGCCAGGACGUGGACGCCGACACGCACUUCAACAGCUUCGACUUUGAGGCCGAUUCUGACUUUGACGCGUUUGACUGCGGAGGGUUCGCAUUUUAAAAGGACGUGCUCGUCUGUGGUGUUGCUGUCCCUUUAAGAAGCGAUCGCUAUUUUAGCACCCGUUUCCUUAUCAAUACGUACAUGAUGACGGUGUUCUUCCUGGCUCUGUGCCAUCGCUCCUCAGGUAAAUCAUUCAUGAUAUUGAUUAUUUAUUCUGUCUAGUGGCAAUAACGGCGAAACAUUUACUACUCCACUUAGAGUCAUCCUUGUAAUGACAACUAUACCUUCACGGGCGCACUUCCUGUUUUGGAAUAAUACAAGUGGUAAUUGGCGCCAUUUAGUGGUCUGUAAGCGUAACAACGUCCAUAGUGUUCUGCACAGCAAAUGCAUAUUGCUUGUUACUUUUUAUAUUGCACAUAAUUUGACUCUUUGGCUGUAAUGGAAAUUCUUCCCUUAUUAAAAAAAUAAAUCUAACCAAAAUCAUACUAUCAACAAUAUAAUACAUAGUUAAUUAAAAUAAUGAAUUUGAUGUAAAAACUUCGAUUGAAAUAUAAAAAAAAAACAGAAAUAAAGAAUGAGUACAGUUCAGGUAACCAUGUGCUUUUAUUACCAGUGCAUAUUUAUUCAAAAGAAAACAAUGUUGCCAUGGAGACAAAAAAGCCUUCAAUAUAUAUAUUUUUUAAACAAAGAUAUUUUUGACAACAAGCAGAGGAACAUCAGCUUUUCGCUUGGCGUCAAAAGUCAAGUAGAGGAUCGCCAAAAUGCUCUACUUGUUGUUACAGACAAUGACCACCAGAGGGAGGAAAAGGACAAUGCAGCGUUGCCUCCAAUAGAAACAACUGCAAGAUAGACUGCCAUCUAGUUCAAAGGCCAAUUUCCUCACUACAAAUGUAUUCGAAUUCUCUAUUUCCUGAGAUGUGUAUUUUGAACAAGCACCUCUUUGACCAAAACCAUUUUUUCCAGUUUUUUUUGUGUUUAUUCUGGCCACUAUGUAUACAUUGUUUACACAUGGAAUUGUUUUUUGUGCCAAAAUUAAAUAAAUCUAACAUCAAUUAAAUAAAUAUUUAAAAUGUAACUAAUAAUAAUAAAAUAUAUAUUUAAUAAUUUGUCUAUUGUUGAUUAAAAUGAUGCAAGAUGAUUAUAUUAAUUAAUGUAAUCAUCCAUUCAAUAAAUGAAUACAUUCAGUCAUUUCAGAUGACAUAUGCUGCUUAAGGGAUGAAUUGAGUCGCAUUUUAAUUCUUCUUCUUUUUUUUUUUUUUUUAAGAUUUUUAAAUUUAAUUUGAAUUUAUUUAAUAAUGGCACGUGUUGGGCUUCUGACUAGGGUUAGGGUUAUGGUAGCGUUGGGGGUAGGGUUAGGAAGAUUCGGGUGAGGAAGAAUAACCCUAACCUCUAACCCUAAUCUAACCCUGACCCUAUUUUAAAAAAGGUGACAUCGCCCUUCAAAUUUAAAUUGUGAUGCUUUGAAAAAAGCACAUCUAUUUAAAAAAAUAAAGUGUAAAAGCAGAGCUAGUGUAUAAAAUAAAAUAAAUUAGCUUUCCCCCCCACACACAUCCACGUUGUUCUUAAAUCCUAUAAAAAGAAAGAGUUAUUGACAAAAGAUCAUUGUGCUGCUUUAUUUGCAAUAAAUAUUCUAAUGUCAAGCAUGUGCCAGGUAUGUUUUUGAAAAGCACACUUUGAAUGAAAAGAGCUGCCGUUCACAUCUUGGAAACCUUCAGUGCUGCUCUCGCUCUCUUAGCACAAACACACGCAGUGAUCUAAUAUACACAAUAUACAUUCAUCUAUAUACAGUACGUACAGCAAAUCAAUGCACGUUUCUAUGCUUGCUUAGGCCAAAACAUUUCAUUUGCUGGAGAAGUGAGGAGGAGUUUAUUAUACUAGAAGCAGAAAAUAGCUGUGACAGAAGCUGUCAAGGACUUUAGGACCACGCUGGGAAAAAACACCCUAAAUAUUACCGGGAAAAUUCAUAAUUUUAAAAGAAAACAUUUGUUAUAGAAGAAGAUUUUAUGAUAAAACGGUAAUAUUACAGGGCACAAAAAAUCUGAAUGUUACAAGAAUGAUGUUGCAAUAUCACUAAACAAAACCCCAAAUUGAUGACAAACCGUGACAGACUUAAAAAAUAAAAAACUGUUGGGAAAAAUUUUGGGGAAUUUUCUGCUUAAAUAUAAGCUUAAAUAUAAGCAGAAAAUGUGUCAUUUUCCUAAAAUAAAUGUGUUAUAUUAUCAGAAAAAUAUUUGAUUUUAUGAGGGAAAAAAAGUAUGCCAUUGUAAGACAAAACAUUCAGAGUUUUACAAUAAUAAUAUCACAAAAUAAAACUCAUCAUUUGUGACAAACUUAGAAAAAAAAACAAAAAAAACCCCAACUAAAUAUUACCAGAAAAUUCAUACUUGAGAAAAAUGGUUAUCAUAGUAAAAGGCAAACAUUUCUGAAUUUUACAAGAAUAACGUUGCAAUAUCACAAAACAAAAGUUAUAAUUUAUGAGAAACUGCAACAAACUUUAAAUAAGUACAUAAAUAAAUAAUAUCAACAUUAUGAGAGUAAAAUCUUUUUUCCGGGAAUAAAGUGAUCAUAUUGCAAUGAUUUAAAAAAAUGAAAAUAAAUGUGUACUUGAAAAUUAAUUAAUUUUAAUUAAUUUUAAUUAAUUAAUUAUUAAAAUGUAUGUAAAAAAUAACAAAUUAAUGAAAACAACUGAAUAGUAUGAGUUGUUUUUGUUUUUUUAAAGUAAUUUAGUAUUAUUGAGACAAUACUGCAGUAAUAAUGGGCAUCAUAUUAGAAGACAAAAAAUUACCUAAUUUGACAUAAAGUCCUAAUUUGACAAAACAAAAUUUUAAUUUAUAAGAAUUACUUUGCGAUAUUACCAGAAAAUAAUAAUACAUUAGCAAAAAAAUGUAAUUUUCUGACAAUAAAGUUCUAAUGUGACAAAAAGGAAAUAAUCGACUUAGAA